UGCACGGAAGGCCGUAGCUCGCCCGUGGGUUAGUCUGCCUCAGCCGCCGGACAGAUCGGUUCACCGAGGCGUCUGUCUUUCGGUUCACACGGCGCUGUACGAAAGCCUAUUGUCGCGAUCACUGGCAAGCCUCGCCGACGUGUGCCAUCGUCUGAGAGCGGAAGAGCAGUUGCCACAGGGCCGGCAGCCGGGCAGCAAACCCCGAGGGCGAGGGCAUUGGGGCGCGAGGGGCGAGGAGAGAGGCUCGGAGGCCGUCGUCUGCAGGAGAGGCUCGGAGCGGCGCAGGAAUACCACGACGAUGUACACGGUCUCGCGCGGCCCCAGCAGGAUCAUCCACAGGACACGGAGGGAUCUGAGCCAAAAGUUAGAGAGUCUCGACCAAAUCCGAGAAUUGAGAAGGAAGAAAGAUACAACAGAGGACACGGAACACACUACGAUGAGUGCCCCGCGGCCAGUGUUUCAGAGCGUGGGCGGCAGCAAGGGCGGCCGGGGCUCCACCAACGGGCGCGCUCCCAAUCACGACGCUAUUUCGCCCCAGCACGAGGAACUCAUUCGCUACUUCAACGAUUCUUGGGGCCGAGUAUACAAGGAGCUUGAGAUGAGCAGGCAAAGUGGGCAUGACAUAAGAGGAAGUGGCAUUGCCUACUAUCAAGAAAAAAAUGUUCAUCCAGCAUUACAGGACUUCAAGCCUUUCGACCUUGAAGAAUUUUGGGGCAAGAGAGUUUAUCAGAAUCUGACACAGUCGUAAGCCAAAGAAGACACGCACAAGCUCUCACAAGGAGGAGUGUAGGGGAUGGCCCUGCUCGUGCCCAUGGAUCGUUCUUGGCUGUCUCCUGAGGCUCCCUCCACAUCACCCACCGUGUGGCGGCUGUGGCUGCUGAGCGAGUGCAUUAAGAGGUUGAAUAUGUUAUGCCUGUUUUCAUCGUGAGCAGACACCUUUAUUUCUGGAAAAGGGCUCUUGCAGUGCAUGUCCUGCAGCAGUCACAUUCUUAAGUUGCUGGACUUAUAUUGUUGAUUAUUUUAUUCUUUUUCUUUGUUAAUUGUCAGUAUUUGAAGGUCAGUGUACUUGCUGAAGCAUUUAUGUUCGAUUUUUCAUUUUGAAAGAAGGUUGAGAUUUAAAAGAAGUUCUUUUCAGGCAUGUGAAUUGUAAGACAAGUGAACUGAAUGAGUAGUUUUCCCAUAUGUUGGGAAAUAGAUUUUUAGAACUGAUUAGGUAAUAAUCCAAGUAACUUUGUAGCAUUCCAGAGAGACAAACAAAAAAUGAAAAUAAAAAAAAUAAAAAUAAAAAAAGGAAAAGAAAAAAAUGGAAUCAAACCAUAUAUUAAGGCUGCAUAUAUUGAUAUUGUACCAACAAUUGUUGCACCAUUUAUGCUGUAUUUUCAGGAUAUUUUCCAUGGACUUUGACAUUUCAAGUGUGGCGGGUUUGUUAGGAAAUAUUAUAUAUUUCUCAUAUGCUUGCUAUACAGUACAAAACUCUAAUAACCAAUGCCACAAAAUAACAAGAACUGGACAUUGAAAAACCAGCUAUUUUUAGAUUUAAAUUAAUAGCAUAUUUAAUCAGUUGGAGUCACAUGACAUUAACAUUUUUCUUUCCUCAUAUGCAUUGGCAUUGAUUUAAUGCAAUGAUACACAAGUUAAUUAGAGGCCUUCAUGUUUGAUCUUGUAGAAACAUGAUUAAAAGUUCGUAAAAUCCUUACCUUCAUCUUCUGUUAUGUAAAAUGUGUGUUGAGUAUGUGCCUGUGCUUGUGCAUUACAUGCUCACGCUCACACACAAAAUACACACACACACACAUACACAUGUGCAUACAGAUACAUAGAUUCACACACAUUCGCAUAUAUACAUAUGUAUAAAAGCAUAUUUAUGCAAGCUUAAUUUGUUUGUGAACUGAUGUUGAAGCACCUUUGUGAAGGUGCAUUUUUCCCCUGUAUGAAAACAGUAUAUAGAGAAAAGGUCUCUAUGUUGCAAAAAAUAUAACUGUCAUAAUCAGUUAGCAUAUGUAUUGGUUUGUGGAACACGUUCAAGGAGUCACAACUCUUGAAAAUGAAAAUGAGAGUAGUAAUCCAUCAGUGUUGGUUGGCAGUAUAUUUAGCUGUUCAACAUUUGAAGUGUUUUUUGUAAUAUAUCUGGAGAUGAGUGACAAACAGUAGUUACUGUAAUGUGAUUAUGUGAUUCCCCUCAUGUAUAUUGCUAAUUUUGUAUCUUGUACAUUUUGAAAUGCUUUUACCCAGCCUUGCAGAUGUUUUAAAGGCUGAUGUUACUAGGUAAAUGGGGGCAAUCAUAACAGGGACAGAGUUUCAGGAAGUGGAAGAGUAGUGCUCCGCUAAGUUGCACUGUUUAGGACUUGCGAUGUUUUUCAUUUUAUUUUUUCUUUUGUCAUGAGACCCUAACUGUGAUGCUACUCAGUAUGCCAGGAGUCUAAGUAUGUCGAGUGUCAGUUGGAUGAAGGGGUUGCUCCCCGGAGGGUACUAAGCAUUCACCAUAACACUACACCAGUGAUUGGGUUUAACACUAACCCCAGGAAUACUCAAGUUUAGCACAUAUUGUGGCCCUUUUUCACUAGACGUAAUGGAUAUUUCACUGUAUUUUGGAUACAUUUUGUGACUUGUUUUGAUAACAUAUUUUAGUGAUACAGUUGUAUGCUUAUAUACUAAGUGAGCUCAGUCCCUCAGGGGCACAACCUAAUUGAUUAGUCUGUGAUAUUAUUUUGUUUCAGCUUGUGAAGACUUGUAAGUUGAGACAAAGUAUUUUGAACCAAUCUUGAUGCUGGAUAUCUUUGACCCCGACAUAUUUUCUAAAAUACACCCUGAAAAUCUA